UCACCGUCGACCUCCACCCGCAACUCCAUCGUCUUGCCCGCCCAACCGUCAAGAUGAGCUUCAUCCAGCGCCGCGCCCUGUCCACCCUGAUCCCCCCCAAGAUCGCAUCUCCCAAUGCUAUCGGCUCCUCCCCCAAUGCCGUCCGCAUGCAGAAGGUCGUGAGCUUCUACGAGAAGCUCCCUCGCGGCGCUGCUCCCGAGGUCCAGGCCAAGGGCCUUCUCGGACGCUACCAGAAGAAGUACAUGGGCAAGAACCCUUCGGCCAUGCCGCUCGUCCACGUCAUCGGCGCCCUCAUCGCCCUUGGCUACGCACAGAACUACUACUUCCACCUUCGUCACCACAAGAACAACGUCCACCACUAAGCGUAUCUUUCCCAUGAUUCGAUCUGAGCGUUAAGGUCGGGACGUGUAAAUAUAGAUGUAGUUGAUCAAUCAAGAUCUAGACAGUGCAUCUUGCUGACCCUUGUUGCGACAAUCUCUAUGUGGAUCAGACUCUCAACUGGAGUCAUUUGGACUCACUCUACGACUCGAAUGGUAGCGUCAGUUUUGUGGAACAUAGAGGAGUCAGACUCGAGACUUUGAUGUUGUGGCAUUUCGUCGACCACGUCGAUGAGGUCCAAGAAGAAGUCGGGCUGCAGAGUCAGGUUGCAGAGCCUCCGGAUUGGCCAGCUUGGGUCUGUGAGAACCGAGCCUUAGCAUUUGGAUGAAGUAGAUGGCUCGAACAGUGGUGCUUAACGCGGUAUCCACUCUGCUUGACCUGUACAUGUGUGAUGACUGCAUGCGGACCAAGUGCUGUGACACAUGUCUAUCGUGAGGUGAAGAUGGUCCCCUCGCAGCUGCUCUGCG